UGUUAGGGCUAGCGUCCACCAUUUUGGCUCUAGCGAUUCUGUCUUGUCAUUUUUCUGUCUGCCCGGCGUUUGAGCCACAAUGGCGUUAGUCGUAUAACCUCCUCGACUCAACAAGCCCGCGGGGGAAAGAGAUAAUACUGAGGGUAAAUAUUCGGGCAGUUUGUGAACGUGUUCUUUCUGUGGUUGACUGUUGGGGGUGUUUAUUAUUUUUUACUGACAGGUGCUUUCAUAAAGGGCCAAUUGAAGCUCGUUUUUCUUAAUUUCUUCGAAACGGAACGAAGGUUGGAUUUCUUCCUGAUUACAGGAGAGUUUCUUUGACAACAGACGUGCAAGGCGAUGUGAACGCGGGGGCAGACAAGCGCCAGUUUGUUGCAGCGCCGACAUCUCGACUCGCUGUGAACCUUGCCUACAUUUAAAUUGCCCUCUCUUCAUCGGAGCCCGGAGAUGAUAAGUUUCCCCGGUUUGGCCACUGCUGGCGACGGUGAGAGGAACAAUAUGGCGCCGGGAUUCUCUGCCGUUGGACCAGUCCGAGCCUGAAGCCGGGGACGUUACAUGAUGAACCUCUGCGCGCAGUACUUAAGGCAGGCAGAGGCCCUGAAGGCUGAUAUGACUGAUUCUAAACUAGGUCCAGCAGAAGUCUGGACAUCAAGGCAGGCACUGCAGGACCUUUACCAGAAAAUGCUGGUGACAGAUUUGGAGUACGCGCUUGACAAGAAAGUUGAGCAAGAUCUUUGGAACCAUGCAUUCAAAAAUCAAAUAACAACACUACAGAGUCAAGCUAAAAACAGAGCAAAUCCCAACAGAAGUGAAGUACAGGCCAAUUUGUCUCUUUUUCUUGAGGCAGCUAGUGGUUUCUACACACAGUUGCUGCAGGAGCUUUGCACGGUAUUCAAUGUGGAUUUGCCUUGCCGGGUAAAAUCUUCACAGCUCGGAAUAAUUAGCAAUAAACAGAUUAACACCAGCGCCAUUGUAAAGCCACAGCCAAGUUCAUGCUCUUAUAUUUGCCAGCAUUGCCUUGUACAUCUUGGAGACAUUGCACGCUACCGUAACCAAACAAGUCAGGCAGAGUCUUACUACCGACAUGCUGCUCAGCUUGUACCUUCAAAUGGGCAACCCUACAAUCAGCUGGCUAUUCUAGCUUCCUCUAAAGGUGAUCACCUGACUACCAUCUUUUACUACUGCAGAAGUAUUGCUGUAAAGUUUCCGUUUCCUGCUGCUUCCACAAACCUUCAGAAAGCACUGUCAAAAGCUCUUGAGAGUCGGGACGAAGUAAAGACUAAAUGGAGUGUAUCAGACUUCAUUAAAGCCUUUAUCAAGUUCCAUGGCCAUGUGUAUUUAAGUAAGAGUUUGGAGAAGCUAAACAACUUGAGAGAAAAGCUUGAAGAACAAUUUCAGAGGCUUAUACUUCAAAAGGCAUUUAGCUCUCAGCAGCUUGUUCAUAUCACUGUUAUUAACCUAUUUGAACUUCAUCACCUCCGAGAUUUCAGCAAUGAAACUGAUGAUCACAAUUUUAGCUCAGAUGAACAGCUUAGCUGGAUUCAACUACUGGGACUUUUUAUGUCUUUCCUUGGAGUAAUGUGCAGCCUCGCUCUGUUAAAUGCAAAUCGUGAAGAAUUAUUGGCUGAAUGUCCACUACCAGCUAUCAAAGUAUCUUUGGACUGGCUAAAACUUAGACCCAAUGUGUUUCAUGAGGGAGCUGUUGAUGAAAGACAGUAUAUUUGGCCUUGGUGGGUUUCUCUUCUGAACACCUUUCAGCCAAGAGAUUCAGAUAUCACAUGUGCUUCAGCCACUCCCCUCCCAGAGGAGUUUGAACUGCAGGGGUUCUUGGCUCUUAGGCCUGCACUCAGAACCCUAGAUUUCUCAAAGGGUCAUCAAGGCAUUGUUGUGGAUAAAGAAGGUCAGCAGCUUAGAACUCGUCACCAGAGACUAAUCUGUCUUGGCAAAUGGAUUGCAGAUAACCAGCCAAGGCUUGUUCAGUGCAGAACUGAGGAAGAUAUACUCAUUUUUGUAACUGACAUCCCUGAAUUAGUCAUUGAAAAUCCACCAGAAAGCAAAGAUGGCCCAGUUCUACAGGAAUCUUCCAAUGCUGAGCAGACAUCAAAUGAGGGCAGCCAAGGCUUAAAAUCUGUCUUAUCUAUUGGAAAAAAUCAGAACAGUAACUCAGAUGCUGGAGAAAAACCAGUUGUCACAUUUAAAGAGAAUAUUAAACCUAGAGAGCAGCCUCGCGAACUUAUCCGAAAUCAGCACCUAAAAGAAGGCAUUAAGGAAAGAAGAGAUUUCAUUAAGGGCACUAAUAUGGUUAACAAAAAUGAACUGAAGAAAGAUAACAAGAGAAGAAGUGAUCCUAAAAAGAAUUCUCUUGACAAGAGCUUGGAAACUGGCAAGCAAAAUGCAUCAGUCCAGGUGAAAUCACAGUCUGAUGUGAGAAAGACUCCUGUGUCGGAAGCCCGAAAAACUCCGGUAACUCAGACCCAGACACAAACAAGUAGCUCUUCUCAGUUUAUCCCAAUACAUCACCCAGGAGCCUUUCCACCUCUUCCCAGUAGACCAGGAUUUCCACCCCCUGCCUAUGUUAUACCUCCACCGGUUGCGUUUUCAGUGAGCCCAGGUUUUACAUUUCCUACUGGGGUAUCCGUACCUGGAGCAUUUCUCCAGCCUGCCACACACACUCAGACAGGAACCCAAGUUCAAUCUGGGAAGCAGUCUCACAUUCCUUAUAGCCAACAAAGACCAUCUGGGCCAGGAUCGAUUAGUCAAGGGCCUCCACAGCCACAGGGCCAACAGCAAACAAUGCAGCAACAGGGACAAUCCCCAGCACAGCUGCAGGUGCAAGCUAUGUCACAGCAGCAACAACAGUCCCCAACUAAACCUGUUCAGCAACUGGGGAAGAGUCCUCCUCAUCACCCUGGAAUUCAGCAGUACAUUCAAGCUGAGCAGCAGUCAACCCAACUCUGGAAUCAACACCAAGUACAGCCUCCUAUUCAGAAAGCAACAUUGCAAAUGCCUCUGAAACAGCCUUUUUACAUGCCACCUCAGGACCCUUUAAAGCUUUUUGAGCAAUCUCUCCAGUCUGUUCAAAUGCAACAGCAACAAACUAAUAUGGACAAGAAACUGAAGUCUUUUCCUGCAGAGCCAUUUUCCCAAAACUCUUCAGAGGUGAAGAUGCAGGACUAUUAUUGGGAUACGCCAUACCGUAUUACUGACAACAGGCAAAUAAUGGGUCAGCAAGUAAACAGUGACCGAUUGGGCAAACGGCAGCAAGGCAUUUUUCGCUCUGACCAAGACAACGUUCCAAGGUCUUUUGAGGAUUCCAAGAGCUCCCCUCUGCUACCUCCUGACCUGUUAAAAACACUAGCUGAUUUUGAGGAGGAGGAAGAGUUGGCAUUUGCUAAACCCCAUGAUUAUUACCAGGCCUUGGCUGGCCCUCUGAGCUCUGCUCCUGGAAGAAACCUAUUUCUGCCAAAUCAGUCAAGGCUGGAUAGACCAUCUGAGCUGAUUUCACAGCCACCUUCUAUUCUCUCACUGUCAGGAUUUUCAAUGCAGGAAAAUUCUUACCCAAACAGCAUUUUCAGUGAGGCAUAUGGUAAAAAUAUAACUGCGAGCACAAAGCCUGAGGGUACAUCAUCUGUGUCUCAUCAGGAACCUUCCCUCUAUUCCUUGUUUGAAGGGACACCGUGGUCACCUUCUCUUCCUGCUAGUUCAGAUCACUCAACACCAGCAAGCCAAUCUCCACACUCCUCAAAUCCCAGCAGUCUGCCGUCUUCCCCACCUACUCACAGCCACAACUCCGUCCCUUUCUCUAAUUUUGGACCCAUAGGGACUCCGGACAAUAGGGACAGGAGGGUGAAUGACCGUUGGAAACUGGAAAAAUCUGCCAUGGGUGUGUUUGGGCUUGACUAUUUGCCCUCUACAUCUUCAUCUGUGGUGGAAAACAGCUGGCAUCAAACUGCAGCUCCCUGCAAUACUUGGGCUGCACAAGAAUCUCCAAUGGAUGACUCCCCUGUCCUACUGGAUAGUCUAAAGUCAAUUUGGUCGAGCUCUAUGAUGCAUCCUGGGCCUUCAGCACUGGAGCAGCUGUUGAUGCAGCAAAAACAAAAGCAGCAAAGGGGGCAUGGCACAAUGAACCCACCACAUUGAAGGGUUGGAUGAGCACAACUUGUGAAAUCAAGCUCCACUGAAUUAAUGGCAUGUGGUUAGGUGUAAACUACCCACACGGUCCCCCAAUGCGGGUGGCAGUCCUCCUCUCUCUGAGUGUCUGUGACAAGAGGGUGUAAGUGCGCCACCAAGCCACUGAGUGUGCACGAAGCUGCUGUUGAGCAACAAACGGAUUUUUACUUUGGAAAUAAAAAUCUGAACACUAUCAUGCUUCCUGACAACCUCAAGGGGAAGGACCAUCAUAGUCUCGCUCAGUUACCUAAAAACCACUCAUCCACAGAUCCUCCAGCAAUCCUCCCUACACGGUAUUGGGUAUCACUCUAUGUAGGAAUGAAGAAGGUGGAAGAGAUAAGCAGGCAGGCUGGUUAUGUUAACAAUGCUGUUGGGUUUGAUUUGAUUUUAAAAGUAACUAAUAAAUGCUUUGCUGGCUAAGAAAGUAUGAUGGAAAGUCAUAAUUUAAUUUUCAUACCAAUAGAAGUAAUUCUUUUAUUUCUGUUAAACACAGAAGGUUUUUGAUUUGAAUGCAGAAAUGGUGGAUCCAUUCUCUUUUAAUGUCCUGUCAACCAUUUGAAGGACACUGAGAGAUGCUUUUGUAAAUGUAUUUAAUUAAAUGGAGCUUCUCUCAGUCUUGCUUGCAAGAAAGAAUUUUUGUGAAACGAGAGAAGAUUCUUCACAACUCACUGCACCAUUAGCUGAGGACUAGGUCUAGAUGUUAAUGUCAGUAGCUGCAGUAGAGACCACAUUUAUUAAGUAUUGUAUUUGUGAUUUGUUCUGUAACCAUUCUAUCUGAAAACAAUCCUGUGUAAUGCACAGCUCAGCUAACAGGGUUUGAAUUUUUUUGUCUUCAUCCCCCUUUUUUUGUCUUUUUUGUGUUGCCCCUUUCCACUUUAAUUAUAUUUUUUACUGUAGCUUAUCAGCAGAUUAGUUGACUCUUUAGACAGUACCAACUUUGACCUUUCCCGGUGUUUUUUUUUUUUGUUUUGUUUUGUUUUGUUUUUUUUUUUGGUAGCUUAUUUGUAAUGUUAGAUGGCUUUCUGUGUGCCUGAUUAGUUUUAUAUCAUGGUCAGCAGUGUAUUUUAAAAGCAAGGCAAGUAAAUGGGUCCAGCACAGCUGCCGGUUCAGCAAUAUGGGAGAUUGAAGUGAAAGUUAAACAAAACAAAAACAACAAGGAAGUUGACAGUCACACAUCUCUUUCAGCUCCCCUUACACAGAAAAAGCUGGUUUAGCGGUAAAAGACAAAAGAAUGGAAAUAUCCCUUAAUGUUAUCAAAGGAUAAAAACCUACGGGUUAUAGAUGUACAGGGUUAAGAAAAUAUAUAUAUGAUGGUUAUUUUUUGUCUAGGAAGUAAAAGAAGGUUUUUUUUUUUAUUGGUAUUUAAAAGGCAAAGGAAGUAUCAUAUCUGUGUAUGAGGGAAGAUAAAACUAGCAUUUCUUUUUAUUUUCAUGUAGGAAAGCAGAGUUUUAUUAAAAAAGAAAAAACUUUAAAAUGAAAUGUCUACUUGCUGUGUGAUUUGUGCUUUACUUGUUGCAUUCAAAUGUAAUGAAAAAUAUCGGGUACUGGGACAUGUCGGGUAGAAAAGCGAGUAUGUGUUUUCAGUAAUAAGGGGCCAAAGUACUCUACACAGAUGUGCAGCAACUGCAUACCAUUAGUCUUUUGCCACAAACCAGAAAAAUGCCUGUUCUUUGAAUAAAGAACUAUUUUGUAACUUUCCAUUAAGCAGAUUCUGUGCAGUUUAUGCCAUUAUGUAAAAUCCUUCUGUAUUGCUCAAAUCUGUCCAUCUCCUAAAAAUGAGCCAGUUUGAACGGAGUAUGUGCUAGAGUGUGAACAUCGGACCUAAAGCCUAGAACUGCCUGUGCUUACUGAUCACAAGACAGUUGGCAAGUCACUCUGCUGCAUUCACUGUUAGAGAAUUGUCAUCAGUUUCUGAACAUUUGUCAUUUGUGUAAGAUCUUGACACAACAUCCGACGUGGUUACAUGCAGGUACGGUUCUGCAUUGGGGCAGCUAUUACAUUCUAGUGUUCAGCAGCAUUGCAUACACCAACUAUAUUUGGCACAAUCUCCUUCAUAGUGUCCCAGUUACCUUCUUCUACGUAAGUUACAAGGAGAUAAUCACUUUGAAAAAAAAAAAACAAAAAAAAAAACUGCAUGAGAAUAUGGUGUUUUGGAAUGUUAAAUGUUUUAUGGGAAAGAACACCCUGUCAAAUUACAGGUGAAUUGUCAGAAUCUGGUUUGUGUUACAAGCUUUUUGUGUUUUCUGUCUUUCUGUGCAAGACAUUUUGCAGCAAUUGCUGGAAUCAGCUAUGCCUUUAAUAAAGUAAACCAUGUUCUCCCCAAA